UGCAGCCCUGGUUGAAGCCUCCCAUGAGGCGACCUGUUGCCGCAAACAGCAACUCCCGCUCCACCGCUUUUGCGAUAUUCAUGGCUGUCCGGAGAUCAACCACGUCACUUGGCCUAAAUUUUACACGAAUUUCAGGUUUAAGAGCAUUUAGCUAUAAUCCUAAUUGAACAUGUGAUGCGAGGCCAGGGAUUUGUGCCAACCGAGCCCAGAACUCGUUGGUGAAAUCAGCAACUGUAUCUUCCUGGCAAAGUGCUGCCAACUGUUCAAACAGGGGGCCGGUCAGUUCACCGUCAAAUUCUUCGAGCAGUUCGCUCUUGAAUUGCACCCACGAGAGCAGGAAAUUGUGUUGCUGUAGCCAUUGAAGCCAAUGCAAAGAAGGUCCCUCCAUGCUAACGAAAGCUGUCGCCACUUCCAAAUCCUCUCGAGUACAGUGAAUGUCAAAGAAUUGUUCUGCCCGUGCUAGCCACCCCAUGGGAUCUGUACCAGAGAAUAUUGGUAAUUUGAUAUGGUUAAUAGGGAUUUGACAAUCAUCUAGAGACGUGGCUCGAGUAUGGGGAUUGGUGUCUGUGGACUUCCCCUUUGAUGAAUCCAGGGUGGAAGCAUCCGGGCUGGUAGUGCUGGAGUCAAACUGUCCUUUGGCAAGCGACGCUUGACUUAGUAAGCCAGUUAAAUGGGAAAGGGAUUCCUGGAUACUGAGGAAUUGCUGAUUGACUUCUGUACGGAAUGCAUCCUGGCUCUUCUCUAAUGCUUCGACUCGUUCAUCCAUGCGGGUUGCUGGCAUCGUCAAGCGGUAGGUCGGACCAAGAUCAAAUCCUCUACGACAUCGUCCAUGUGGGGCAACAAAUCCUCUACGUUUAAUUCAGAUAAUCUUAUUGGGCAAAUUAAAUCUUACACUCAAACUUGGGCCCUUACUUUGACUGUAAUGAAACUUAGAGUGGUUGACAAGAUUCUCUUCACUGAAAAGUUGAUACCUCCUACGUUUAAGCUUACCAACAAAAUCUUCAGGCCGAUUCAUUGGAUUAAGCCUAAAGGUAGGUUAAAAUUAAACACAGAUGCAUCCUUCUUACCUGAUAAAGCAUCUGGUGGUGCGAUAAUGCGAAACGACAGGGCCGAGCUGGUUUUUGCGAUUCAAUUUCAGUUGAAGGCUUCUUCGAGCUUUGAGGCGGAACUGAGAGCAGUGAGUAUGGCGUUGAACUGGGCGGUGGACGCUGGCUAUGUUGAUUUUCAGAUGGAGUUUGAUUCGGUGGAAGUGUUCAGAGUGCAUUUCAGGAAAGGAGUUGGAAAUAUCUGGUUGCUGAGAUUUUGGACAAAGCUAAGCGAGCUAGUGUGUCGUUCGGACAUAUUAUGAGGCAAGCCAACUGACCGGCCCAUUAUCUUCUGGGUAUUCAUGAGCUCAACUUUAAUUUAUUUUCCACAACUACUUCUCUUCCUCCUAUUGUUAAAAGUGCUUAUUACCUUGAUUUAUUUAAUAUUCCAAGUCUUUUAGAUGUUUUUUAUAAUAUAUGUACUCUUCUUUGGCAUUGGGUCAGGUCUAGUCCCCCCAAUGUUUUCUGAAUUUUGUAUCCGGUUGUAUUUUAGGAGGAAUGCCUCCUAUGGAGGGGUUUUGGUCUAGCCCCCCC